UCAGAUAUCGACAACAAUGGGUACUUGGACAAGAAUGACUUCGAGUGCUUGGCAGUGCGGACAACCGUUAUUGAAAGCAAAGGAGACUUCACACAGGAAAAGUACGAGCAAAAUCGCAAAGUCAUGCAAAAUCUGUGGAACGAAAUUGCAGACCUCGCUGACUUCAACAAGGACGGACAGGUGUCUGUCGACGAGUUCAAGAGCGCUGUCAAAAACGCCUGCGUCGGAAAGCCGUUCGAAGACUUCCCGUCGGCACUUAAAGCGUUUAUCUCGUCUCACUUUAGCACAGUGGACGUGAACGGUGACGGUCUGAUUGGCAUCGAGGAGUACAGGGUGGACUGCUGCAGUCGACAGGCCUACAGCGAGCUUACCGAGCUCGAUCAGGGAUACGAGAAACUCUGCAGCCCGGAGGACAAGAAGAAGGGCGGCAUCGACAUCAAGCGCUUCCAGGAGCUGUACGCCCAGUUCAUCGGCAACCCAGACGAGACGAUCGGCGCCGUCUACCUGUUCGGGCCGCUGCAGGAGCUCAGCUAAGCUGCCGGAGCUCGGCAUGAGCUGAACUGCCGUCACGAACUGCGCCGGGAGCCGGACUCCGCCGCGCCCGCCGAGCUGACUGUCCGUCGGACCGCGAGCCGCCGCGCCGCGCCACGCCGCGCCCCUGCUCUGACCCCGCCUCUGACCCGUGUGUGCCCGCGGCGCCCCGCGCUGCAGGCCGGUGCAGACGAGCCGGCGGGUCCUGGGACCAGCGGCGCGGGCCAGGCGCCACCACACCGGCGCGGCACUCAGACGGCGCUUUAUGUGGCUCUUUGUGAAAACGAUGUUUCUACCGUACUCUCAUUAGGCCAAUUGGUUUAUGUGCGUACGUCAGUGUUGAUUGUUAAUGCCAUAAAAUAAAAUUCACCCAAAUUCA